ACUAAUCAGCUGCAAAUGUGUCCCCCACGGAGGUCGUGCUUUUGGGACUUUUUGUAGGUGGCUUUAGUAUGGGAAGUAGACAACAAUGGCUAACGAGGCUGAAGAAUGAGCUGAGCAAUAGUCCUCUGGUCUCCAACGUGGCCUUUGGCUUCAUCCUCAUGGGACUGGAGAAGCUGGUCGAGCUGGAGUUUGAGUGUCCUUGCAACCCGACGUGGAACGGACUGUUCUCCUCAGCCUUCUUCAUCAUCCCCGCCGUCAUGGCCUUCACGCUCAUGCUGAUCAUCCAGGGCUGCAGGUGCGAUACGUGGAGCCGUAAGAGCGUGUCUGUCUCCAGCGUGGUGCCCGCGGUCGUCUGGCUCAUUCUGGUCUUCCUCGACGGGCAGUACUUCGCCUGCGCGAUGACGGACUGGGAGGGCAGGUUCGUCAUCGUGGACAAAGCGGCUCCGCAGAAAUGGUGCGAGCCGGUGAAAGAAGAGGACGAAGAGGAAAGCCCGACGCCUCGGGAGCUGAUGCUCCGCUCCCAGCAGCUCUUCGUCGUGUCUCAGGUUAUCGGCAUAGUGCUGCUGAUUUUUAUCUGUGCUGGACUGGUAGUGUAUGUGAUUAGAGAGAGCUGCCGGAGGGACUUCCAAUCCCAGGAUGCCAAUGUAGCGGAAAUGACGUACACCCCGAGGACAUCAUGA